UUUUAUAAAUACUCACAACACACCUUUCCUCCCCGUUAAAGAGAGAUACAGGCCAAUUAAUUAACUCAAGAAAAGAGAGCCGAAAGAAAUGAUGAAGGUCUUAGCAUGGACAUUCUCUUCAAGCUUCCUCCACCUCUACCCUCCAAAGCUAACAUUUUGUUUACUCUUCUUCUUCCUCUACAUCCUCCUUCACCUUACCAUCAUGGCUUUUCGUUUUCUCUGGCUCAAACCUAAGAAAACAGAGCAUUUUUUCUGGAACCAAGGCCUUCGUGGCCCUCCUUAUCGCUUUCUCUUCGGCAACCUCGGCGAGAUGGUUUCCAUGAUGCUUGCAGCCUCCUCCAAACCCAUGAGACCUCCCUUCUCUCACAACAUCCUUCCUCGCGCUCUCUCCUUCUAUCACCACUGGAAGAAAGCUUAUGGAUCAACCUUUCUGUUAUGGUUCGGUCCAACCCCACGGCUCACCGUCGCCGAUCCCGACCUUAUUAGAGAAAUCUUCGUCUCCCGGGCGGCGGAUUUUGACCGUUAUGAAGCCCACCCUCUCAUCCGACAGCUUGAAGGUGAAGGACUUGUUAAUCUCCGCGGUGCCAAAUGGGCUCUUCACCGGAAGCUUAUUUCUCCAGUCUUCCAUAUGGAAAACUUACAACUGUUAAUGCCGGCAAUUGGGGAGAAGAUGUCUGCCAUUCUGGAUAAGCUCUCCGAAGCAGCGGCGAUGCCGGGGUCUUCAGGAGAGGUGGAGCUGGAUGUAGCAGAUUGGUAUCAAAGCCUAACGGAAGAAGCCAUUACUCGAGCGACAUUUGGCCGUAGCUAUGAUCAAGGCAAAGCUGUGCUCAAGUUGCAGACGAAACUCAUGGUUUUUGCAGCCGAAGCCUUUAACAGAGUCUUCAUUCCUGGAUACAGAUAUUUGCCAACUGAGAAGAACAGGAGAAGAUGGAAGCUGGAUAAGGAAAUCAGAGAGAAUCUAUUGAGUUUGGUUGGUUGUCGGCGAGAGGAGAGAAAGCAGGAGGCGGCGGCUGCGCCGGCGGCCGCCGCCGCCGGCGAGGCGAAGGAUUUGCUCGGUCAAAUGACAGCUGCGGCGGCGGCGGACAUCACUAUUAACGAUAUCGUGGAGGAAUGCAAGACCUUCUUCUUCGCGGGUAAGCAGACCACUACAAAUCUGCUGACUUGGACCACCGUUCUUUUAGCCAUGCAUCCGGAAUGGCAGGACCUGGCACGUGAUGAGCUCCUCAAAGUCUGCGGCUCACGUGAUGUGCCCUCCAAAGACGACCUCCCAAAACUAAAGACGCUGGGAAUGAUUGUGAACGAGACGCUGAGACUGUACCCGCCGGCGGGGGCCACCAUCAGGAGAGCGAACGUGGAGCUAGGAAGGUACGUUGUCCCGCGAGGCACUGAGAUAUUGGUACCAAUCAUAGCCAUUCACCACGAUGCCGGGCUGUGGGGCCCGGAUGCGGCCCGUUUUAACCCGAACCGUUUCGCCGAGGGAGCGAGCCGGGCGGCCCGACACCCGAAUGCAUUCAUGCCUUUUGGUCUAGGUCAGCGCAUGUGCGUCGGUCGGGGCCUCGCCGUGCUUGAGGCCAAGCUAGCGCUCGCCGCCUUGCUUCGCCGCUUCGAGAUUCGUAUAUCGCCCAAAUACGUGCAUGCGCCGACGGUUCUGAUGAUGUUGUAUCCACAGUAUGGUGCGCCUGUGAUUUUCCGUCCGAUCAGCGCAGCUCGAUGAUGUGAAAUGACGGAAAUGCCACUAGGAAAAAAAAAUGAAGUAGGAGUUUUUAUUUAUUUAUUUAUUUUACUUUCAAUUGUUUUAUUAUAAGAAUUUUUUUGUUAAAUUAAUGCAAAUGUCAAAGAGGAGGAACACCCAUCUGUUAUGUUGUAUGGAAUUGUUUUGUAAUUAUGUAAGAUUGUUGGGUGUUCUCUCUUAGCAAUGUAGGAUUAUAAAUAUCGGUUUGCAUUUCUAGGCAGAUGUGUUAUUUUACAAACGAGUUAUCUAAUUUUCUGAACUGAAAAUAAAAUUGAAUU